GUCAUUCUGUCAAUUGCAAUUGCCAAUUGUCAAAUAGAUGUUUUGAUUUUUUACGUAAAUACUAGUGCAAUAUUGUAAUAUUUAAAAAAAAUAUAAAAAUAUGCGAGGUACAACGACUAAAACGAUAGUAACUUUUUCACAAUGACGUUGUGACACCAUAAGACUGCUAUUGUCAGAAUAGGGCUUUACGCGGAGUAUGCUAGAUGAUAGUACGAGAUUGCGAUAAGAUGCCUUGUGAAAGCUGCGCCGUGCAGUUCAGUGUGUUCAGGCGGAAGCGGGCGUGUAGUGAAUGUGAACGAUACUACUGCAGCGGGUGCCUACGACGGGGCGGCGGCGCCAUGUGCGCGCCCUGCCGGGUGCUCUCCACUCGGCCCCUGUCGCGCCAGACCAUCGCUCACCUAAAGGUGCGCGACCUUCAGUGCUUCCUGCAGCGACAGAACGUCUCCACCAGGGGUUGUGUCGAAAAAGAGGAGUUAGUGAGUCUGUGCGUAUCGCAUGUGAACAGCACGGCGUACCGGCGACGAGGCCCACGCGGUGGCUCCAGCCCCUUCAGUACCCUCAAGGGCUUCACCAACAACAUCAAUGUCCUCAUCAACAAUGCGUUCGACCUCCGCGGCGCGCCGCCACCCGCACCGCCGCCACCGCACGGCAAUUGUUAUAACGCGUCACACGCGCAUGGCGCUGCGACGCCGCCCAGCCCGCACACGGGACUCCCGCCGCGGCCCGCGCAGCCCACACCACGCACUCCGCCUCGGGAAAGAUUCACUACCACCCCUGGUGGCGAGCGCGACAUCACAGUACCGGUGCCGGAGCCCCGCGUGGAGGAGAGCAGCGACGUCACCUCCAACAGGGACUCCGCCGACUGCUACGAGAUCGAGGACGUGGACGAGGGCUGGGAGUUCGUCACGCGGCCCGCCGACCCGCUGCCUAACGAUUCAGAGAUACUGAUAACGGAGAGCGAGGAUGUGGAGCGCGAGCCGUCGUCGCCGGCGGCGCGGUACGUGUCGGCGGCGGCGGCGGCGGCGGCGGCGCGGCUCGGCGCCACGCCGCAGCGCGCCGCGUCCGAGCUGGAGCUGCGGCCGCCCACCGCGCACAGCGACGCCGCCGACAGCGCCAGCCUGCAGGACGAGCCGCUCAUGGAGCACGACGCAGUGACGACGGACGAGCGCGGCUGCGACGGCGGCGGCGGCAGCGGCGGCACGGUGGCGACGUGCGACGUGUCGCUGCAGCAGCUGCGCAGCGCGGCCGAGCUGGAGGCGCUGAGCGUGCGCCAGCUCAAGCAGCUGCUGGCGCGCAACCGCGUGCAGUACCGCGGCUGCCUCGAGCGGGCCGACCUGCUGAACCGCGCGCGGCUGCUCUGGCGGGACCACCAGCAGUACAAUGACGACAUCGAGAAGCUGCCGCUGGAGGAGUGCUGCAAGAUCUGCAUGGCGGCGCCGCUGGAGUGCGUGCUGCUGGAGUGCGGCCACAUGGCGGCGUGCACGGCGUGCUCCAAGCAGCUGGCCGAGUGCCCCAUCUGCCGCCAGUACGUCGUGCGCGCCGUCCGCGUCUUCCGCUCCUGAGCUCGUCGCCAGCACCGCCGCCGCCACCGCCGCCGCAGGGUACUGCAGUCCUUAAAUGUACUACGUUGCUAAUGAAACUUAAGGAGAGAAGAUACUGCUCGUAUGUUAGUCGCGCCGAUCUGUUAUGAUCAGCGCGCUUCGACUUGCGUACGAGAACUCGUUAUGUUCAUAGUGCGAUUCGCUGACAUCGGACUAUUUAUUUGGAAAUGCCUCCUGAUCGUUAUAUGUAAAUUGACAAUAAUUAUUAUUCUGCCGAAGCCAAUACAACUAGGUUUUUAAAUGUCACUUCUCAUUUUUGAUAAAAUAAAUACAUAAUAAUAUUAAAAAGUAUCAGAGACUUCAAGAAAGUAUUAUUAAAUUAAUAUUAGUUUUUUUUUUUUUUUUGCAAUUAAAAAAUCUCCACAAAAUUGCUAUUUCUAUGGUAUUAGAGUUAUAUUAAAAAGUUUAUAUACAACGUCAUCUAGCGGUAACAAACGCUAUUACUGUUGUAGUACUGUUAUGCUAAAUGGCGUUAAAGAUAUAAAAAAAAAAAGUUAAAUGUUAAGUAAACAUGCACAGAAAUACAAAAUCCCGUCUCGAUGACCUAUAAAUACUCCGUGGUCGGUGAUAUCGCUACUGGUAUGUUGUAUGUGUUUAUUAUAUUAUUAUACUCGAUGUUAUGGGGUCACGCGGGGCGUCCGGUAGCGCCGCGGGCCAUCGUCUAGUUAAUUACGUCACAUGUUAUCUGUAUCCGCAACUCGCGUCGCGUCACCACGGGUCACCAUCGGCUUGCUGAGUUGAAAGUAACGGUGGUGCGCGGACAGUAGAAUACGACCAUUACCAUGCUACGUCACACUAGAACGAGCGCGAUAUAAGUUCAGUACUCAAUGUCGAUCUGCCAGGGGUUAACACUAGGGUUGCCACUGACACCUUUUAUUUGAACAAAUUAAUUAUUUCAGUAUUAAAUAUAGGAAAAAAUAUAUUGAAUCGAAAUAAUUAGAAUAGAAACAUACUUUUCUAAAGUAAGUAGUGAUAUAGUUUAAUAAUUUAUUGCUACUAAUUAGUUUCACAACAUUUUUAGAAUCUAAUAACUGAGCCUUUCCAUUAUAUACGAAAUGAUGGUUAACUUUUUAUUUUCUAAUAAACAAUGCAAUGAUUUAAAAAAAAAAAAACAAUCUUUGAGUAAAAUAAAUUGUAAACAUCUGUCUAUAAAAUUCUUUUAGCAUACUUGAUUAUUUUAACGUUUAUGAUUACCAAUAAAUAUCUAAAAAAAUAAAAAUAAACAAGUGGUGGCGGCAACCCUAGUUGGAACAGCACUGUGCCAUCCCAGUAGAUUAGUUCUGUGUUACGGCACUGUUGUGUAAAUAACAUUAUUACAUUUUUUUUUUAUAAUUUACAUGAGGCUUGUUCAAUACUUAUUUAAAUGUACAUAUAGUAAAAUACUUAGCAAUUCAACAAUCAUAUUCAUAAGUGUUUGUAUGUUUUGUGGUAAUUUGGGAAAACAUUUUGGAAAAGUACACCGUUCUCUAUUAUCUAGUUACUAUUUUACUGAUUCAGGUGUUUUCUUACAGACAUCAAUAUCACUGGUUAUUUGUUUCUAAUUGUUUUGUUUAAUUCCGCUAUCAUUAGUGUAAAUACCAGUACUCGAAGAUUAACCGACCGCCAUUACUACCAAACCAUCAAUUUUCGGCUGCCAUUUUGUUCGCGCACAUUUUGCGACACGUAUUUCACGUCUAAACGAGGCAUCUUCAGGCAAGUUAUUAGAUCUCCACUCGGAGCCUAGUGUUGACCCUUCGCAGGCGCCGAAUGGCUAAGGUUAUGGCACUUCUGAUAGUAAUAAUUGUGGUCAACCGAAACAGGUUUUACAGCCGAAACCGAACUUUCGGCCGAAACCGAAACCUAAACUUACUGAAACAUAUUUAAAAUUUCUCUUCUAUACUGAAAUCUAGUGUAUUUUUUACACAGUUAUUUACACAAACACACAGAUAGUUAAAAGGUAAUAAUAAACAUUAAUUAAAAUAUGUAGCAAAUAUGUCAUAUAUAUUUAUAUGUUAAAACAUGUUAAAAUUAUGACUUACUCUUGAAAGUAAACUUAAAAAAAACUCAGUUAGACACACACAACACAAACACACACACAAAGUUUCGGCGUCCCCGAAAGUUUCGGCAAAUUUUUGCCCGAAACCGGACCUAAGGCCGAUAGUAGAAUUUUUGCCCGAAACCCAAACUAAGGCCGAAAGUAGAAUUUCUGGCCGAAACUAGCCGAAACCGAAACCGAAAAUUUGGUCGGACACUAGCAGUCACACAUACUAAUGGUAGCGGAAUUAAAUAAAACAAUUCUAAUCAAAUAACCAGUGAAUCGUAGCUGUCCUGAAAGUAAUGGAAAUCGUAGGAGAUGCGUCCGCACUGCGGUUCAAUAGGGUGUCCACGCUUUGGUAAAAUUUAAAAAAUAACCAGUGAGUUACACAAUAGCUCGUUAUUUAUCCAAAGGUUGUGAAUUUAAUGUACAUAUCUAAUAAAAUGUAGAAAAGAAGAAGUGAAGGUAGACCACUUACCAUCAAGUGGGCCGUAUGCUUGUUUGCCACCUCCGUGGUAUAAAAAAAAGACCAACUUCAGCGUCUUAGCCAAUCUGAUUUGCAUGAAAAUUGUGAACAAAAUUACAUUAAAAGUGGGCACCCAAGUAAAACUUCAUAAUAUGUGUAUAAGUAAAGCUGUGUUUAUCACGACUUUAUUGUAUUGUUAGUAUUCGUCCCCGAUACAUUUUUAUAACAAAAAGGAAUUGUAUUUGAGUAUAUUUUAAUUUAAGUCCGCAUUUAAUUGAAAAUGGAAUUGUAACCGGUUUAAUCCUCAACUUUUUUAUUUUUUAAGGCUUUUUCCUUCUUUAACCAUAUCGCUUUCGUAAACUGAUUUCUCAAAUGAGAUUGUAUCUACUUUCACUGCUCACCGAAAGAGUUAAUGAGCGUCAAUUAUUUACAGGGGUGUUAAAAAUUUUAUUAUUUAGAAUUAUCAUAUCAGCUUUGAACUGUCCACUGCUGAACAUAAUAAGCCUUCCCCUACGGGGUUUUUGGCCAGUUAAUAGCCACACUUAGCAGGCGGAUUGGCAACCGCUGUUAGGCCUUAGAGAUGUUUUAAGAGGGACGCUGCUGCUCAUCCCUCGUCUUUCCUUAGUCGCCUCUUACGACACCCACGGGAAAAGAAGGUGUGGUUUUCUAUGCCAGGACCACAGGAAAAUGAAGCAAGAAUUAUUUAUUCUCUUCCCUUCUUUCUCUUCUCUUCUUUCAAAUUCGAUAUUUGUACCACACUAACAUCAUCGAUGAUAUCACACACUGGACAAUGGGAGACAUCACUAUUUGGCCAAUAAUCGAGGUCAAUUCUUCAAUAGUGAUGUUGUUUUGUUAGAUUACAACGCAGCGUCACAAUUAAAUCGAUCAUAAAUUUAAUCGUGAUACAUAAUCAUAUUGCUUACUCAUCGCUCGACCUCUGCUUGUGAUAUACACGAGACAUACAAAGUCAUACAUACGUGUAAAUAAUCAACAGACUUGUUGUUCACACGCUCAAACUUUGCAUUCCUGUUAGGAUGAUUGAUUUUGUACUAUACUAGCUUUUCCCCGCUACUUCGUACGCACGGAUUUUAGACGUCGAUAAACUAAUAAAUCUGAACGUCUAAAUUUUUAAGUUAAACCUUCACAAACAAUAGUACAACAGUGAAACCCACAUUUGAAUUAAUGCAGCAGUUUUUUACUUUACAGACAUAUUUUUGUAAAAAAUAUUGUCUCGGCUUCUAUUAUUCCUAACAUCUAUUUUUUUUUUUUUUAAUAACAUCAAGUACAUACAGCGUCCAAUUAGAAAAGUAUUAUAUAAAUAAGAUGUUGUUCCGGUUACAACUUGCCUAUUUAGACAUCAAUCUACUUAAUAUAAAUUUACAGUUUGUCAUAUUUAAACCUGUUUAAAUCGAGUUAGGAAAUUGUCAGAGAAAUGUUCAAUCCAAUGGUAUGUAAAAGGCGCAUAUUGUGAUGAAAAUAAGCGGCUGAAGGCACGGAUUAGUUGUGUUACUAGUGUCCGACCGAACAUUCGGUUUCGGCCAGAAAUUCUACUUUCGACCUUAGUUUCGGUUUCGGCUAAAAAUUUGCCGAAACUUUCGGCCGCACCGAAACUUUAUCUUGUGUGUGAUUCUAACUGAAAUUUGUUUUUUUUUUUUAAGUUUACUUCUAAGAAUAAGUUAUAAUUUUAACAUGUUUUUAUAUAUAAAUAUAUAAGACAUAUUUGUUAAAUGCUUUAAUUAGUGUUUAUUAUUACCCUUUAACUAUCUGUAUGUUUGUGUAAAUAAUUGUGUAAAAAAUACACUAGAUGUCAGUAUAGAAGAGAAAUUUGAAAUAUGAUUCAGUAACUUUCGGUUUCAGUUUCGGCCGAAACUGAGGCCAAGGCCGAAAGUUCGGUUUCGACUGUAAAACCUGUUUCGGUCGGACACUACUACACGAAGAUAGGAAAUGUUUUAUACUUAGACAAACUGUCAGCGGUCGUUGCGGUUCAAAUAUUACCACAAAAUGACCACUAACAGCUCGGAGGGGAACGGUGAUUCCUUAUAACAGCAAAUUGUUUGCGACAGCCGAAAAUUGCAUGCUUGCUGUCAAUAUAGGCGUGUUUAAAGAGGGCCAAGUGAGCCCUCCCACCCAAGGAUGAGAGGUAAACUUCAGAAAGACUCAUUUGAGAGUACAUACGCAUCUUUUUUAACAGACCAACCCCCCCCCCCCCUUCCCUCCUUCGUUAAAUAAUUCGUUAAUAUACCAAUGAUUAUCAAUCUUCAUUACUUAAUAGUAAUUAGUAAGCGAACCUUAGUACUGCCUUUGCAAACAAAUUUAUGUCUCUAUUGCUAGUAGGUGCCAUACGUAGCACGGAGUUGGCAACCGCAGUUAGGCUUUUAGAGAUGUUUUAAGACUUAUUGCAAAUGGCACUAUAGUCGGAGAAAUAUACAUUUAACUCUCCUAGCAAUUAGGCAGCAAUCGUGUUACGAAAUGCAUUUUUUUUUUACAAUUGGCAAUAAUUCUCAAAGUUUCGUGUAUUGUUUGCUGUUAUAAAGACUCGCCCUCGGGGAGCUCAGGGUUCGGCACGUCGGCGAUGACGGGAGACGGCUAACUCGAAUCAAAAUUUCUGUAUGAAAGUCGUAUUAGUAUUAAUGUAAUAUUUAAAAUUAACAUCUUUUUAUAAUCUGUGGUAAUCGGCACUAUGUGGUUAGUGUUAAGGAAGUUAAAUCAUUAAUCAUGUCCUUGAUGUUUAUAAUGUAUAUGAUACAGUGAUAUAAUUUAAACAUAUAUAUAUAUAUAUAUAUAUAUAUAUAUAUAUAUAUAUAUAUAUAUAAUUAAAAUAAAAAAAUCCCAACAAUUCAAUGUUCAAAAAUAUUUAUUUUGAAUUUGGAAUCUAACUUCUUUAACAAAUAAGUCUUCAAUAUGGCUGUAUUUUUUAUAAUUUUGAAAUUUAUUAUAUAUAUUAUGUAGUAUGUUUUUUUUUUUUUUUUAAAGAGUUUAUUCGGUUGAUCUCACACUGAUUUCCAAUGUGUAUUUUAAUCCAUUCUCGUGUUGAUAUCUUGCGUUAGAACAAAAAUGGAGUCUUGUACUAAAGAAGAGCGAAAUAGGGUUUAAGUGGGCAACUCUAAAUGACUUCUGAUUACCAAAUAUGUACCACUUAUUCGCACUGAGCACGCAAAGUGGCCGAACUUUUAGGCUCUGAAGAAAUGAUGUCCCACCAGUGGGACUGUUACGAUUCAAUAUUGAAUUACCAUGUGUUAAAACAAUGUUCUAGCGAACAAUACAUAAUUUUAUAUUGUAAAUUUAUUAAUUUAUGUUAUUUACCGAGUAGACUGCUAGCGACCAGGCUGUGUCUGAUUACGUCACUAUUUACACUGGUGUGAUACUCACGCGACCACGCCAGGGUGUGUGGUGGUUUGUUACAAUGUUACUUAAUAAAAAGGUAACCGAGUUGUGUUGAAAUUAACAUAGAAAUACUGCCUAAAUUAAAUUAGUAACAAUUCAUAACAUUCUACCUCUUCAAAGAAUUUGUUUUUUAUUAUUAUUACUAUUAGAUAUCAGCAAUGUUGCCUUUAACUGUCCACUGCUGAACAUAGCCUCUCCCUUGGGGGGGGGGGGGUUUGCCAGUAUUGGCCACGCUUGCCAGGCGAAUUGGUAACUGCAGUUUGUUUUUUGGUGAUGUUUUAAGUGGGACGCUAUUGCCCUUCACUCGCCUUUCUUAGUCGCCUGUUAUGACACCCGGGGAAGGAAGAGGUUCCAUGGAUUCCGAUUUCUCCCCGCACAGUCUGCACAGUGUGUCCGAAAAUAGACCCAUCUUGUGUAGUAUGUGCCUUAUUGGCAUAUGUCCAGUUAAAGCACCGAUAAAUAUUAGGAAAUGUCUUGCUUUUAUAAAGGGCUUAUCCUAUGUCCAACACUGGGUUAUAAUAGUGUAUUAAAAUAUAAGAAACAAUCGUGGUGUGGUUCAUUGCAGUGUGUCGAGUCGCUUCAGUGUAAAUAGUUGGCAAAGUAUAUUUUAAUUUCAUAUUAGUAUAAGGUUGCGUGAACGAACGAGACAUGCUUUCAUUGCAUUCAUCAAUAUCUCUUAUUGUUACAUUAGUUUAAUAUUUCCUAUUUGUUUUUUUACGCAUAAUCUUGUAUAUUUUCCAGUCAGUCUGUUAUAGUACGUAUUUAAGCGAGCAAUAUAUCCAAUCACCCUUAUAGUUUGUACUCUAAUUGGUUCGUUUACAUAUCGUUAGCGUUCCAUAUGUAACAGGUCGUUCGUGUAUAUACAAGCCAUAUUUUUUUUUUAAUAAUACAUACAAAGUUAUUUUAUUCCAUGUAAUAAUUAUAUCACUUCGACGAAUAAAUACAUAAUACACGCCGA